UAAGCGCGCGAGUUUAUUCGAAAACAUCGCGUGGCGUCAUACUGACGCGUGUAAUGCCAUUAGAAAUAUGGCAUUAUUAAUAAAUAAAUGUAUUAAUGUGAAAAACUUAAGUCGAUGUCAUAAAGUGUGUUUAACUAACAGAUUUUUACGACAAUGUACACGCACAAACGGCAGUGUCAUUCUAGAUAAGAGGAAAAAUAAUUUACAUAACAUUGAAGAUUUAAAAAGACAGAUUCAUUACACAAAUGUAGCAUUGAAAUCAGUUGCAUUCAAAUUAUCUGAUAUUGGUGAAGGAAUCCGUGAGGUUGUUAUAAAGGAAUGGUUUGUUAAAGUCGGUGAUAAAGUGCAGCAAUUUGACAACAUUUGCGAAGUUCAAAGUGAUAAAGCAUCAGUGACGAUAACUAGUCGAUAUGACGGUGUUGUCACUCGUCUCUACCAUGAAGUGGAUCAAACUGCAUUAGUAGGCCAGCCUCUAGUUGACAUAGAAGUCGAAGGAACGGAAGAAGUCACAUCAACACCAACAAAAGAAGAACAAAGUAUUAAGUCUGAUGUCUCAGCGUCUUCGUUAGUAGAAAAUUCUAAUAUAAAAGGCAAAGUUCUUACAACACCAGCUGUUAGAAGAAUUGCGUCUCAGUUUCAGGUAAAUCUGAAUUCAGUCCCAGCUACAGGUCGAAAUGGACGGCUACUCAAAGAAGAUAUACUAGCAUACUUAAAUAUUAGUUCUGAUAAAUCGAAUGAAGUGCCAGACCUUCCCAAUGAACCUGUAGUUGAAGUUAAAUCAAAACCAGAAAUAAUACUCGAAGACAAAGUGGUCCCUGUAACUGGAUUCACUAAAGCUAUGGUUAAAUCAAUGACGGAGGCUAUGAAAAUACCUCACUUUGGUUUUAGUGACGAAUACAAUGUUACAAAAUUAGUAGAAAUGAGAGAGACACUUAAACAAAUAACCAUCAAGCGUGGAGUGAAAUUGACAUACAUGCCUAUAAUUCUCAAAGCCGCAUCUUUAAGUCUACUUAAACACCCUAUUUUAAAUAGCAGUUUGGACAGUUCGUGUGAAAAUAUUAUUUACAAGGCAAGCCACAAUAUAGGCGUUGCUAUGGAUACGCCGAAUGGAUUAGUGGUUCCUGUCAUAAAGAACGUCCAAAACAAAACUGUACUAGAGUUAGCCAAGGAGUUAAAUCUCAUACAAGAAAAAGGCGCGAAAGGCCAGCUCGGUCUAAGUGAUCUGUCAGGUGGAACUUUUACGAUUUCAAAUAUCGGAAAUGUCGGAGGAACUUACACAAAACCAGUGAUAUUACCAACACAAGUAUCCAUUGGAGCUUUGGGAAAGAUUCAGAAAUUACCGCGAUAUGACGAAGAGGGAAACGUGAAGCCAGCACAUAUCCUAACAGUCAGUUGGUCCUCCGACCAUAGAGUUAUUGAUGGUGUUACCAUUGCUAGAUUCUCAAAUGACCUCAAGAGUUACUUAGAAAACCCUUAUCUCUUGCUUUUGGAUCUGUAAUUUAUUGUUAAGUAUAUAUGCAAAACAAAACAAAACAAAGCUAUUGAAAUGUACAAAUUUAUGAAACCAAAGGCGCCUUUUAAACAGACUUAACAAAGAGUAGAUAAACUAUAUAGUAUAAUUAGUGUAAAAUAGGAUCUAAAUCUCUAUUGUGAAGUGUUAUGAUUUUUUUAUUAAACACCUUACAACAGCUAACAGCUCGUGAUAAAAAGAAUGUCAAUGCCAUAUUAUAUAUUAUAUUCCAUAAUGUUGCGUUGCUUAUUUUGAAUUAAGAUAAGAGGUAGGGAAGCCUGGGGUACUAAAUUUGCUGAUACUAAUAAUUAGGUUCUUAAACAACAAAAGUUAAUUUUACCAUUUUAAUGGCGGUGUACAAUUUUUCAAACAUGUAAAAUGUAGCCAAUAUAUUUUGAAGUAAAUCAAAACAGGAUAAGCAAAAA